GUGCCAGCGACAUCGAGCGGCUCCUGGGCGCGUUCUGCAGCCAGCAGGACGCCGUGGUGCAGGCGGCGCGGAAGCUGCUGACGGACGAGAGGGCUCCCCACAGGCAGAAGCUGCUGUCGGAUCUCAUCCACAACCUGAGCGAAAACAUCCUGGCCGAGGACAGGGAAGAUGACAAGAAGUGGUUUGAAGGGCUGGAGUCACGGUUCAAGAACAAAUCCAGCUACCUGCGGCACAGCUGUGAGAGCAGAAUGAGAGGCUACAUGAGAGAGGUUAGUGAUUUCAUUUCAAACGUUCAUCCUGCAGCAAGAGAUGCCUACAGAGUGGUCAUUGAGCUGAUGGCAGCUAAGUUGAGGUCUGUGAAGCAUAAUGGGAGCUACUUUGACAGGAGGGAGGAGGAGGAGGCAGCGCGGCUGUGCACCGCAGAGGGCUGGUUCUCCUGCCAGGGACCUUUUGACAGAGACGACUGCCCUUGCAAGCAUUCCAUCAACCCCUACAGCAACAGGGAGAGCAGGAUCCUCUUCAGCACCUGGAACCUCGACCACCUAAUCGAGAAGAAACGUGCUGUUGUCCCAGAGCUGGCAGAGGCUGUCAAAACACGAGACGGAAGAGAAGUGAACUGGGAAUACUUCUAUCAGCUGCUGUUUACCCUGGAGAAUCUAAAGCUUGUACACAUUGCCUGCCACAAGAAAACCAACCACAACCUCAGCUGUGACAAAACCAGAAUUUACAGGAAGAGGAAGCAGAACCACGAGAUUUCCUAG